UGACUCUAUGAAUGUUUAAUAAGGCUCACCAUCAAAAGCCAAUCUUUAAAAAUAAUAGUGGUACACGACUUAAAAUUAGCACGUUUAAAAAUAGCGGUUAAACCACAGAAUACUUUAACGACAGUUUUGCAUGUAUUUAUUUUUGUGAUAUAAAUGCACAAAUCAAAUAAUACAUUUUAAUGUUUCGCUUGACCAGCCAAUCCCGAGUCGUGGCACAGUGCGAUUUUGAUAUACUUUUAUACAGUUAGAUUUAAAAAGCCACGUAAACUCUGCGCAGAAAAUCACAUACCUCACUGUGCGCGAGUCCGCAUGAAGCUGUUGCAUCGGGAGCACAGAGGGAGGGAAAGCGGGCAGCUGACGGUCUCUCUACAUAAGCAAAUUGGCAAUAAAUUAUUCUCUCUGCUGGGAGGGUGGAGGGAGAAUAAUCGAGAGAGAGAGAGAGAGAGAGAGAGAGAGAGAGAGAGAGAGAGAGAGAGAGAGAGAGAGAGAGAAUCCGGGAAAGAAGAAAAUACAAAGGAAACGUGAAUUGGACUGGCAAAGCCAGCCCGCAAAAGGGUUGCAUGCCAUAUCUCUCGAUGGCUGUCACGAUUUCGUCUCCUAUCAGCUAGAAGCACCCAACCACAAUACUGAAUCGCUUCUCACAUCUGUGCGCAUCAAAACGGAUUAAAUCACCACCUAGCGCCUGUGUCCGGAUAUAGGGGAUCAGCACUCUGGACAACGACCAGCGAUUCGAGCUGAAGGGGGAUGAUGUGAAUUUUGCCAGAGAACAUACUAUUGAGCGAGGGAAGCUGCUGUUAGAUGCCCGAAUAGUUUGCGUCCAGCAUCCACCGGACCUACAGUACCACUCUGUUCCAGCGGACAUCUUGUACUCUACGCCACUUCUCCAGCUGGCCACGCCCACGCCGACACUUCCUCUGCUGUCUCUGCGGAUCGCACAGGCCAUUAAGUCCUCAGAUGACCCUGCUUUUCCUGGGUCAGGGAAACUCACGGUUCUGAGGUUUGGUCCAUGAUGAUUCUGUUGUAUGGGAUUAGCUGACACAGAUAGACUGGCCUGUUGUCGAAAGCCCCUAACGUGUGUCUUGGAUUGCUCAGCAAAAAAGGAAAAAAAGCUUUGUUAGAGCAAUUGCAACCAUUCAGAAAGCCAGCCGAAGUCAUGGUGUUUCAGAAGGACUUAGUCCCAGUCUGUAAGAGUGGCAGUAGAUUUUACAGCUAAUGGUGUUCUGUGGAGGUUAACUUCAGAGGUGUGAUGUUCCUUUUCAUACACCUUGUGAGAGAGCACAGCCUAAGGCAAGAGAUACUGUUAACACUGACUUUGCUUCCCCCAAUUCCAUACUCGUCUCAUUGUUUGAGGUUUUUGCACAAACCCAUACAUGCACUUUGCUGAGUUCCUUUCGCUUCUGGUGCGAUGCUGGAAAACUAUGUAAAAUAAGUCUGGCUCUCUUGUUUGUAAAAAAAAAAAAGAAAGAAAGGGCACUAUUGGGGAGACAUUACAAAAAAAACGGAAAGACAGUUGUAAAAAUCAGGGCCCCCGUUACCAUGGUGCUACCGCCCCCGGACAAGCGGCACGUGUGCCUCACCACUAUGGUCAUCAUGACCAGCAUGGCCUUCAUGGACGCCUACCUGGUGGAGCAGAACCAGGGCCCUCGCAAGAUAGGGGUGUGCAUCAUCGUGCUGGUGGGGGACAUCUGCUUCCUCAUCGUCCUGCGCUACGUGGCCGUGUGGGUGGGCGCCGAGGUCAAGACCGCCAAGCGCGGCUACGCCAUGAUCCUCUGGUUCCUCUACAUCUUCGUGCUGGAGAUCAAGCUCUACUUCAUCUUCCAGAACUACAAGGCGGACAAAAAGAACCUGGAGACGGUGGCGCGGAAGGCACUGACGCUCCUGUUGGCGGUCUGCGUGCCGGGCCUCUACCUCAUCCUGGUGGCCCUGGACAGCAUGGAGUACGUCAGAACCUUCCGGAAGAAGGAAGACAUGCGGGGAAGGCUCUUCUGGGUGGCCCUGGACCUCUUGGACAUCCUAGACAUCCAGGCCAACCUGUGGGAGCCCCAGCGGACAGGGCUUCCCAUCUGGGCCGAGGGGCUGAUGUUCUUCUACUGCUACAUCCUCCUUCUGAUCCUGCCCUGCGUGUCGCUCAGCGAGAUCAGCAUGCACGGCGAACACGUCUCGCCGCAGAAGAUGAUGCUCUACCCGGUCCUCAGCCUGGUCACCAUCAACGUGGUCACCAUCCUCAUCCGCAUGGUCAACAUGGUGCUGUUCCAGGACAGCCGGGUCUCCACUAUCUUCGUCGGGAAGAACGUCGUGGCCAUCGCCACCAAGGCCUGCACCUUCCUGGAGUACCAGCGGCAGGUGAAGGAGUUCCCCCAGAACGCCAUCGCCAUGGAGCUCCAACAGAACUCUGUGACCCACAACCAGACCCUGCCCAGCACCACCAGCCUACCACACGAACAGUCCCCAGUGAGGGAGGUCAUCGAUACAUGACGAAAGCCCGUCUAUUUAGGUGGCCCCCAAGUAUCAUACCACUGUACUCAAACUGCCCUGUCCUCUACCACUCCCCCUCCCUAACAACUCCAGGGUACCAUUUUUAGAGGCCCUGCAUUUAACCCCACCUAUUUGGACCCUUACCCUUGGGACUGACCCUUCACAGGACUUCCAGUACAGGAGUAAGGCUUGCCCAUAAGAGAGGUGUCACCACUACAGAACAGGAAUACGACAAGGGUCCGCGCCUUGCAUAUUCUCUGCAUUGACAGAAUACCAUAAAAUUCAGAACUGAAGUUUCUACUCAAAAAAUGUAAA